CAGUGCGCAGGCGCGAGCGCCUCAGCCCGGACGCGCGCGGGGCUCGCUUGCGGCGGGAGUGAGCGAGUCGCGGAGCACCCGGAGCCGGCGACCCGUCCCCAUGGCCGCGCUGCGCUACGCGGGCCUGGACGACACGGACAGCGAGGACGAGCUGCCCCCGGGCUGGGAGCAGCGGACCACCAAGGACGGCUGGGUGUACUACGCCAAUCACUCGGAGGAGAAGACGCAGUGGGAACACCCCAAAACUGGAAAGAGAAAGCGCAUAUCCGGAGAUCUGCCCUAUGGAUGGGAGCAGGAGACUGAUGAGAAUGGACAGGUGUUUUUUGUCGACCACAUCAACAAGAGGACCACCUACCUGGACCCGCGGCUGGCCUUCACCGUGGACGACAGCCCCGCCAAGCCGAGCAUCCGGCAGAAGUACGACGGCAGCACCACGGCCAUGGAGAUCCUGCAGGGCCGCGACCUGUCGGGCAGAGUGGUGGUGGUGACGGGCGCCAACUCGGGCAUAGCACAAGGCCAAGGUGGACGCCAUGACCCUGGACCUCGCCCAGCUCUGCAGCGUGCGGCGCUUCGCCGAGGAGUUCAAGGCCAAGCACGUGUUCACAGACAUCAACGACUCCUCGGGACAGCUGGACCUGGGCCUGCUCUCGCCCGCCCAGGGCGACUACUGGGCCAUGCUGGCCUACAACCGCUCCAAGCUCUGCAACAUCCUCUUCUCCAACGAGCUGCACCGCCGCCUGGCCCCGCGCGGCGUCACCUGCAACGCCGUGCACCCGGGCAACAUGAUGUACUCCGCCAUCCACCGCGGCUGGUGGCUCUACACGCUGCUCUUCACCCUGGCCCGCCCCUUCACCAAGUCCAUGCAACAAGGAGCGGCCACCACGGUGUACUGCGCGGCGGCCCCGGAGCUGGAGGGCCUGGGCGGGAUGUACUUCAACAACUGCUGCCGGUGCACGCCCUCCAGCCAGGCGCAGAGCGAGCCGACGGCGCGGGCCCUGUGGGCUCUCAGCGAGAGGCUGGUCCAGGAGGCGCUCAGCGGCCAGGCCAGCUAGGGGCCCCGCCAAGGCAGGUCCGGAGAGAGGAAGCGGAGAGCAGCAGGCCCCGGGGAGUCCAGGAGCCAAUCGCGGGGUGCAGGGGGGCGGGGCGGGUCUUCCUGGUGAUGGGGAGCAGGUGCGGCUUGGUGGUGGGGGGUUUCUUUGUCUUAGUGGGGAAGCAGAAGCGAUUCUCUCUGGCCGUCGAGCAGGGCCAGGGGGGGCCCUGCCCCACGCUGGUCACUCAGCUGGCAUUUGGCGGGGGUGGGAAAUGCAGGGCUGGCUCAGUCCCGCCACACUGAGCUCAGGGCUCACCCCUGCAGCCCAGGCCGAGCUCCCAGGGGGGCAGAAUCGGGCUCCGGGCAGGGCCAAGCUUCCGGUCCAUGAGCUCGACUGGCCGGAGCGGAGCCAGACCUUCUUUAGAGAUGAGGCCAAACGCUUUCUGCAUCUCACCGCCCCGACACCCUCGGGGUCCGAGGAGGAAGCACUUGGGGCCCCCGAGGAAAACUCCGGCUCUUUGCUGGGGGAGGCACUCGAGGGGCCCCAGAGCUUUCCCAGGGGCCCCAGGAGCGCCCGGCCACUCUGUCCCCCCGGGCCGCGGGCGUGGGCGUCCUCCUGUCCUGCCGUCCUGGGCUUAAAUAAAGAACAUGCUUGCGCAGCUAUCA